AUGGAUUUGACAGGCGCUGCACGAGUGCGCAGUGCCGGUACUGCACGUUCGCUGAGGCUCCAUCAGCCGAACCAACCCUGCCAGAGCCGGGCAGAUCAGCCAGGGUUGAUGAAUCAACCCCACUCACCCGGUUCUACUUACGCUGAGAUAUACACGAAUGACCUCAACUCUUCUAUCCAGAUUCGUUACAUAUCUUUUCACCAACAGAAAACAACACGACCCUUAACACUGUUCGCGUCACCUCUGUCCUUUAUCACCAUCGUCUCCAACCAACCAACCUCACUCAACUUUGUCCUGGUACGGUUGACAGAACCCGUCCUGUACAUAGUCAAGCCUUGUGGGUGUUUUUACGAAAUCCAACGGUCCCGCACCGGAGCAUCUCUUUUGGGAAGCAACAGGAGUCUAAAGGCUAAAGAAACUAUCAUCAUGGAAGAUUUUAAUUCGGAAACGGAUAGUGACUAUGCCAGCUACUGGCGAGAUUGGUUCAUCUCUACGCGCGGCCAUGAAUAUUUUUGCGAAAUCGACGAGGAAUACCUGACUGAUCGCUUCAACUUGACUGGACUGCAAUCAGAAGUGCAAUACUAUCAGUAUGCAUUGGACCUGGUCACUGACCAAUUCGAUUUUGAGUGUGAAGACGAUAUGAGAGAGCAGAUUGAGAAGUCAGCUAGACACCUUUAUGGCUUGGUUCAUGCGAGAUAUAUCAUCACAACGCGUGGACUCGCCAAGAUGUUGGAGAAGUACAAAAAGUGCGAUUUUGGCCGUUGCCCCAGAGUUCUCUGUCGCUCACACCCUCUGCUGCCAUUGGGCCUCUCAGACUUGCCCCACCAAAAGCCCGUCAAACUUUAUUGUGCGAAAUGCGAGGACGUAUACUCUCCAAAGUCCUCUCGUCACGGAGCGAUUGAUGGUGCCUAUUUUGGAGCAUCAUUUCCACAUAUCCUUUUCCAAGUUUACCCAGGAUUAAUCCCUCCCAAGAGCAAUGAGCGUUAUACACCAAGGUGUUUUGGGUUCAAAACGCAUGCUCAAGCUGCUUUAAGCAGGUGGCAGGAAGGGGAGCGAGAAGCUCAGGACGCUCGACUUGAGAAGGCUGGGGUUGAGGUGAGGAGGGUUGAUGGGGAGGAGGACGAGGACGAGGAUGAAGAGGUGGCGGAGGCAUAACUCGAUCUAGAAGCGUGGAUGGAGUUAUAGUGUUAUCGAUGGAAAGAGGCAUUGCCCAUUCGUUGGGGAAAGGUGUUAGCUAGUUGCGUUUUUCAAUUUUCAACUGCUUGCUUCCGUGGGUCCUGUAUGUUGGGGGGCGUUUCUUUGGGUUCAUAUCAUUCGUCUACUAAACACUUUCAGAUACCGGCGUAUUACGUCCAGGGUACGAUUGUAUCAUUUUAAGGCUUGCUAGAUUCUUUCGCCGGCUAUAAAGGGCUUAUCAAUACCAUGACACAAAUUACCAGACA